UCUACAAACAGUCGAAAAGUUGAUUUCAAGAGCCAACAUCAAAUCUGGUAGCGUGCGGUAGGCUGUAUAAAGAGUGUAGAGCCACCGAAUUUGUAUGCAAGCAGAGCAUGCUGCUGCUCAUAAUAGUCUAACGAAAAGAAGUACAAAUAGGCUACAUUUACCGUCGGAUUUACUGGAUUUAUUCAAGUUGGUCGCACCAAUGGAUUUUAGAAUUGUUGCAAUUCAUUUCAUUGUGGCUGUCCUGACUCAAGGCAGCUCUUCCAUUGGGGUCAAUGAGGACGAGGUGCGUCUCACCGCACCCCACCAGCACUACGCCUGCCCCGAGGGUGCCAAUGUCACGCUGGUGUGUGAGCAGCAUGCACCCCCAUACGCGGGUGACCAGUUCCACCCGGCCUGGCUCUACACGCCGCACUUGGACCGCCACUGCCAGAAGGGCCAGCACCCUCGCGGCGGCCGGACCCUCCGCGCCAACCGCUCGCUGCCCUUGUCCGCCGCGGGCAUUUACAUGGUGGAGGGCUCGCGGGUCAUGCUCCGUCUGAUAGACGUGAGGCUGGGUGACCAGGGCCGCUACUGCUGCCUGGUGGCGGAGAAGCACCACAAGGGCACCCUGCACAGCCACGUGCUCCUCACCGUCGGCCCACGGCGCGAGGGAAGCCUGACCUGCACAGAGAUGAACACCAACAACAAUGACAAUGAUGGCAAAGUUACUGCAGUCUUUGCUACAGCUGCCUGCAUCAUGGCUUUCCUGUGCCUUCCUCUUAUUCUGGUGCUGGUGUACAGACAGAGGCAGACUGCUCAGGCCAACAGACGUGCACAUGAACUUGUCCGAAUGGACAGUGAGGCUCAGGGUCACGACAACCCUGUGUUUCUGGGGGGCUCCCCCCAGGCCAAGACCCGCACUGUGUCCCAGAUCAUGACCCGCCAGUCCUCCGAGACAGGGCGCCACCUGCUUUCUGACCCAGGCACCCCACUGACCCCAGCCUACGGAGACGUCUUCUUCCCAAUGCAAGAGCCCAUCCCAGAGUCCCCCAACAUUCUGCAAGUGUAGCCUGAAGGGACCUUGACCUGUGACCUGGAAAAGCUUUGUGGUUUUCUCUUCUUCUGCACUGUUUCACACACUCCUCUGCUACUACCCCAAAACCUGCACCACUCCCUUAAUGUGUGUGUGUGUGUGUGUGGUUGUGUCUGUGUGAGUGAGUGUGUGUGUACCGGUAUGUGUGUGGUUGUCGGUGUAUGUGUGUGUGUGUGUGUAUG